AGUCAUCAUGAGGGACUGAGAGGGAGACGCGCGCAGAGACAGAGAGAGAGAGAGAGAGGAGCUCCGGAGGCGUCCCUCGUCGUCGCCAUUUCCCGAGUUUCUAGCGAGCGGCUCCCGCCUCCUGAGGGAGCGGCCGACGGAGGGCGUUGGGUACAUGUUCCGGGGGGCCGAGCCCGCCCCGAGCAGACCUCCGUCCACCGGGAAGAAGAGCUGGCAUUUCAGUAAGACUAUGGAGGAGCUAGUUCAUGAUCUUGUCUCAGCAUUAGAAGAAAGUUCAGAACAAGCAAGAGGAGGAUUUGCAGAUACAGGAGAUCAUUCUCGUAGUGUCUCUUGCCUUCUAAAACGCCAAGCCCGAAAGCGAAGGGGAAGGAAACGACGUUCAUUUAACACCCAUCAUCCCUGGGAGACUGGUCACUGUUUAAGUGAAGGUUCUGAUUCCAGCCUUGAGGAAUCAAACAAGGAUUAUAGAGACAACCAUGCUAAUAAUAAAAAAGACCAUAGUGACUCUGAUGACCAGUUGUUGGUUGCAAAACGCAGGCCAACUUUGAAUUUAAAUAAUCUCAGGGGCAAAAGGCUUCUAUGGCAUGAACCUGAUCUAGCAGUCGACAAUUUGGGAAAUAGGACUCUGCGUAGACGACGAAAGGUGAAACGAAUGGCAAUUGAUUUACCUUCAGAAAUUGCAAAUACAUUAAUGUUACCUCAACAGCAGGACAAUAUUAAGGAUCAAGAAAUGGACAAUGACAACAGAUCUUCUCAACAUCAAGAACUAUCAAAGAGCAAAGUUAAAAAAAGGAAACUAGCAGCAAGUAAGCAGGGACCAGAAAUUUUGGAUGAAGGUGUUGUCAUAGAGAAUGAUGAAAUCAACCAGGCAAGCAAGGAUAAAAUGGAGUAUGAGGAGCAAAAGGGCUCAGAUGAAAACAUGAGUGACAGUGAAUCCAGCAGCCUGAGCAGUAGUGAUGCUGGUUUGUUUACCAAUGAUGAGGGAAGACAAGGUGACGAUGAGCAGAGUGACUGGUUUCAUGAAAGUGAACCUGGAGGUGCCUGUGGGAUCACUGGCAUCAUUCCCUGGUGGGAAAAGGAAGACUCAACAGAACUGGAGAAAGAAUUGCCUGAUCCAGUCUUUGAAAGUAUCUUAACAGGCAGUUUCCCUCUUAUGUCCUCUUCAGGGAAGAGAGAUUUCCAGACAAGAUUUAGUCAUCUUCACGGAAUACCAGCAAGAAACAUCAAAAAGUCUGCAGGAAACCCAACCACAAUGAUUACUACUCCAGGCUCAUGCAGUAACAAGAAAGCUGUGCAUUUGUCCCAGGAGUCUCAUCACCAUGACCAUUGGUUUAGCCCUGGGGCUAGGAAGGAACAUAGCCAGCUUCAGCUCCUACGAGACAACCGAUCAGAGAGAGGACACAAGAAAAACAGUUCAGUGAAAACAGCAAGCAGUGUGAGCUGUGCCCAGAUGGCUCUUGCUGUCAGUGACCCUGCAAUAAUAUUAGGACUUGCUGUGAACAAAGGAGAGGGAGGCUUAAUGUUCCUUUGUGAAAGACAGACAAGUGUCCAUUUAGGAUCGUUGUGCAUGGGUGAUAUCAAACGAAGAAGAAAAGCUGCACCACUUCCAGGACCCACUGGGUUUGUGGGUGAAAACGCUCAACCCAUCUCAGAUAGCAACAUUGGCAGUCGGAUGCUCCAAAGUAUGGGCUGGACACCUGGCACAGGCCUUGGACCAGAUGGCAAAGGAAUAGCUGAACCCAUCCGAGCAAUCCAGCGGCCAAAGGGACUGGGACUUGGAUUCAGCUGACCCAAAGGGCACUCCGGCUGCUGUUCAGACAUCACGACAACCACCUUAACUUUGAAAUGACCAGAAAUAUGUUAUUCAGCUGUUGUCAAAACAUCCAGUAAUUUCUGAGUACAGAAGCUUCAGUGUUUUCUAUUGAAGUGGCAAGAAGCCAGCCUUUAGGACAGGCCCAGUCUUUGAAUCCUAACUCUGUAAUGGUGCUAAUAUUUUAAAUUGUACUUUUUAAUGUUUUAUGUGGUCUUAACUAUUUCUAUUAUCAAGUAUUCCAUGAACUGAUUUGAUUGCCUCUUCCCUCCCCCUCAUUAAAGGGCUGCCAACAUCACACAUACACUUGGGGAAUCUUUUCCCAUUUUUUUCAUAAGGUAGGCCACUCUUGCUGAUUUUAAUUAGCAUAUUAGAUAGACAAAACAGCUGUUCUACUACCUAGGGCAGGAAAGAGAAGAAUCAUGUGGCCCAUAGCCAAAAAUGUCUAUUGCAGCCCUUAGAUUUUCAAUAAACCUCUCCAAAUAUAUUAAGAAAAAUAUUGACCAAAACCUUGAUUUUGGGGCCAAAAAUUUACAUUAAGGAUUCCAAACACUGUUUUGGCCUCCCUUACUCUGGAACAGUUUUUAAAAACAAACAAACAAAUGUGAUGUUGCAGUGCUUAACAGUCACCUGUAAUAGCAUUUUUGGGUGCUGAUAGGACUUUCAGAGGAGCUGAAAAUGGCCCUCUGACCUCUGGAGUGUGUCACCUUCUAACCUAAAACAAAGACAAAGAUUCUAUCAAGUGCUUUUCUGCAAAUACCACAUUUGUUUCAAAAGAUUUUAGUAACAGGACACUAGACAACAAAGAUAUAGAAGUGCUUCAGUAAGGGAUGUCCUAUGUUGAAAUUACCCCUGUGUAAAUGGUAGAAGCUCUGUCUCUGUAGCAGCCACAGUCUUGCCAUUAGAACUUACAGAGCCUUAAUAAAGAGGGCCCUUCUGGUGUUUGCCUCUUUUCAGGCCAAAGUUUCAUUUGGUAUUUCUUCUGGUUUACAGUAUUUGUUAAUAACUAAAUAAAUGGCCCUUUAUUUCCUAGCAUACAUUUUCGCAUGAAAAAAGCAUGGCAAAUGAUAAGUUCUUCUCACAAGCUGCAGUAUGUAACUCCAUCCUCUUCUUUCACCUAAGUCCAUAUACUCCAAGUACGCAAUAUUUUGGCAGGGGGAAGGUUUAUUGAUUUUAAACAAAUAUUUUAAAUUGUACUGUCAUCUUUUACCCAAUCACUGUGAAUGCGUAUAUUGAGUGGAUUUAAAAUGAGACAGUAUGAAUAGUAUAGUCUUGGCUAUAGUUGAAAUUUGAGAAUUUUUUUCUUAAUUCAAACAUAUUGGCUGCCAUGAGGCAGAAUUCACUGUCUUGAAUUCACUAAGGUAAUUACAACUGUGUGACAACCACCUUAGUUUCUUACCUAUGUAGUGUCUCCUGGCCUGAUCCCCACCCAGUCCACACCUACUGGACAGCAGCUGCUACAAUCAGUUGGGAAGAAGCUGACUGAUGGUCCUGCCACCUCCCACAAGGAAUAUCCUUUGUAACAGUCAAAAGCAGGGUCUCUCAAUUCCCCCAUACACUGAAGACCCUUGUGUGAGUGUAUGGGAAUGUCACUCAGCUGCUUCUCAAGUGAUGGGAACAGACCCCUGUUAAUCACAGUGUUUCCCAGUAAGUUGGAAAUUGGGGAACUCAUGGUCUCUACAUAUCCCCCUAAACUAGGGAAGACAUAGGGAUCAUGAAUACAAACCAGUCAUGAAUGCUUAAGUCUAGGUUAUAGAUUUGUAACUGCCUUAGUGAACUCUGGAUAUAUUCUAUUAUAUAAGCGAAACCAGUUAAAAUUAUAAAACAGGCAAUGUUUUCACAAAUGAACAGUCAUAAUUUCAGUUUAACAGUUUGACUUGUCUUCUGAUUCAUUAAAGAGGUCUUCUAUCCGUGGAUUAUGGGUUUUGUUUCCAUUUGUAUGUUAGCUUGACUUAGAUGUAUACCCAAAGUAAUUACUUUAAAAUUCAUAUAUAGAUGCUAGGUUAUGGUCAUAUUCAUAUGUGACAUCUUUCACUGCCCUCCUUAGCAUAGUAAUUUCCCCAAAUUAGUGCUUUCAGAGAACAGUGGGCAGAAUUAUGUUUAUUGUGGGCUUUCCUACCUGUUUCUUCCUACUGUAGUCACUGACCUCUGAAACCUACUGUGAGAUUUGGUACAGAGGCUGCAGCUGGAAUAAAAUUUGUGUGAACAGAAAAUAA